AUGGCUGGAAGAAAAAAAGUUUUACUCAAAGUAAUUAUAUUAGGUGAUAGCGGUGUUGGUAAGACAAGUUUAAUGGGACAAUUUGUCUCACAUAAAUUUUCUAAUCAAUAUAAAGCAACGAUUGGCGCAGAUUUUCUAACGAAAGAAGUACAAAUUGAUGAUCGUCUUGUAACAAUGCAGAUUUGGGAUACAGCUGGUCAAGAACGUUUUCAAAGUUUAGGUGUAGCUUUUUAUCGUGGAGCUGACUGUUGUAUACUUGUCUAUGAUGUUACAUCGCCUACUUCAUUUAGAUCCUUAGAUAGUUGGAGAGACGAAUUUCUUAUUCAAGCUGGACCACGUGAUCCAGAAAAUUUUCCAUUUGUGGUGAUAGGAAAUAAAACGGAUCUUGAUAAUCGUAUGGUUACAGCGCGUAAAGCACAAAGUUGGUGUUCAGAAAAAACGAAUAUUCCUCAUUUUGAAACAUCAGCUAAAGACGGUGUCAAUGUUGAAAAAGCUUUCGAAACAGUUGCACGUAAUGCAUUAGUACGCGAAAAAGAGAAUGAUAUUACACCAGAUUUUAUACCGCGACUUGAAAUUCCAGCACCAGAUCAACGUACCAGCUCGAAAAAAUAUAAUCUUCACGAAGUGAUUUUCAAAAUGCAUGUGGUCGCUUUAAUAAGUGGUGGUAAAGAUAGUACAUAUAAUAUGAUAGAAUGUGUUCGACAUGGUCAUGAAAUAGUAGCAUUAGCAAAUCUACAUCCAAACAAAGAUAUUGAUGAACUUGAUAGUUAUAUGUAUCAAAGUGUUGGACAUGAAAUCAUUGAUUUGUUCGCUAAAGCGAUGGAAUUACCAUUGUAUCGAGCAGAAAUAAAAGGUGACGCUCAAACAACAAAUAAAGAAUAUAAUCAUCCCGUUGAUGGAGAUGAAGUUGAAGAUUUAUAUGAGCUUCUCGUUAAGAUCAAGGAAAAGCAUACAAUCGAAGCUGUGUCUGUCGGUGCUAUUUUUUCCGAAUAUCAGAAUAACCGUGUCGCUAAUGUUUGCCAACGAUUGAAUCUUCAAGUUCUUGCUUAUAUAUGGCAACGUGAUCAACAUGAACUACUUAAUGAAAUGAUCGAAUCAAAUGUAGAAGCGAUUUUAAUUAAAACAGCUGCACUAGGCUUACAACCAAAGCAACAUCUUGGGAAAACUCUCGCCGAAAUGCGUCCAAUACUAUUUCAACUAGCUGAAAAAUAUGGUAUUAAUGUUUGUGGUGAAGGUGGAGAAUUUGAAACAUUAACAUUAGAUUGUUCUCUGUUUAAACAUCAACGAAUUGUUCUUGAUCAAGUAAAAACAAUUAUCACAUCAUCGGAUACCAUAGCACCAGUUGGUUAUUUAAAAGUUGAAAAAGCUCAUCUAGAACCAAAAUAA